AUGGUGAAGAAAGAUGGGACUUCAAACCCCAAUUCCCCGGUCAUCAGUAACCCAGGUACACCCCGAUCUGACGGAGAACAGCAAGUGAGAGCCACGCCUCCACCAGGCCCAGCCCAACAGAUCCGGUUGUCACAGCAACAGAUGAUAGCCCAACAACAUCAACUCCACCUACAGCAGCUGUCACUGGCCAAUCAGACGAAGUACACUCAGCUGCUGUCUGUCAUCGAAGAAAUGGGUCGAGAUAUUCGACCAACAUAUGCCGGCAGUAAAACGUCCUCUGAGCGACUCAAGCGUGGCAUUGUUCAUGCCAGGAUCCUUGUACGCGAGUGUCUAAUGGAGUGUGAAAGAAGUGCCAGAACAUGA